AUGGACAACCUACCGCGAUCUACAGGGAUCUGUGCCCACUGUCAGACCCCAGCAACCAAAAGAUGCAGCGGAUGCCGUGGAGCUGCAGAGUACGACAAGGUGACCCCAGAGCCCACAUUCUACUGCAGCUCAGCCUGUCAGACACAGCACUGGGGCGAACACAAGGUCAAAUGCAAGCAGCUGCAGGCCCGCAAAUCUCUUUCAAGGGCUGCCACACUCCUUCAAGCAAUACUAUAUCGAAUCCGUCUACACGCUCAUAUAUUCCAAUUCGCAACUGCCCAUAUUGACGGAUCUAAAGUGACUUUGGACGACAUUCAAAACGACAAAUCAAAGGCAUAUCAGCCUCUGAAGGCCGUAUGGAUGAACAUAAAGAGUGGCGACUACCAACGCGUGUUCGAUGCAAUUAUCAUGAUGAACGCUUGUGCAGAAGCUGUAAUGUUUCUUUAUGGAUUCAUUAGACCCAUCCUAUCGGGUAGAGGAGUCACCAAGGCCCUACCUUUGCUCUAG